GCAGACCGCAGGACCAUUAUCGUCGCAGACCUCUAUCUAUCUUCGACAGCCACCCGCGGUCGAGAUCACCGGGACCCCAGAUCAUGGAGCAUCUGGCUUGAUCCAUCUUUUCCGGUGGCGUCUGGUCGACUAAGAUUGCUUUUUCUUCUCGUCGAUGUGGGAUGAAGUCUAACCGGUGCAUCUCCUGCCGCUGUAAUGCGACGGCCCUGGAUCUGAGAUAACCUCGCUCGACAGAUGUGCAAUCGAGUACUGCUGCUCCAAUGGGACAUUGUUGACCAUGGCGGCUGAAGAUCGCCCCGGCGAGAGUCGCGAUGCAUCACACCUCGACACCGACAACACCUCCGAGGAGCCGAUCGCGAACGAGAAAUCAAGCGGUUCGACGAACUCCGACGAGAAUGGCGGACCUUUGGGGCUACACUCGCAUCACAUCCAUGAAUAUUCCCGCCGCAAAUCCUCCGUAGCCGCGGGUUCCAUGCGACCGUACAGCGACCCGAACAACAUAUCCAAACCACGCCCCGCGAGAAAACCCUGGUGGGAUCUACGGUCCGACACGAGAGGGCAGGAUGGAGCCGACGAACGCUGGUGGUUCGCGAGCACGGCGAUCCCACUGAUCUCGGCAGCCAUCGGACCGCUCGCGAAUGUCCUCUCGAUCGCUGCCCUGGUGACAUCCUGGCGGUCCUGCUUGAUCCCGGGAGCGGACACCUACGACGCCGCCGCCUCCUGCGUUUGGGACGAGAAGGCCAUGCUGGCGGCGAACUCCACGCUGCUGCCCGAAUUGCAGGGCACGGAGUUCACGGAUCCGAUCUGGUGUUUGAGGCUCAACGUCAUCUCGCUCGUCUUCGGAUUCGUGGGCAAUUUCUUCCUGCUGUGCAAUUUCACCAGCCGCAUCAGGUACAUCGUCGCCCUGCCCGCCACCAUCGUCUGCUGGUACAUCGCGACGGGGAUCCUCACCGGCAUCACCAUCGGCAUGGCGGUCUGGACGCCCCCCCACGGCCCGGAGCAGACGUACACGCAGGGAUUCUGGUACGCGGUGAUCGCGUCGUGCAUGUACAUGAUCUGCGCGAUGCUCCUGAUGGUCAACAUGGCGGGGUACUUCCUGGGGCAUUACCCGCAGCAGUUCAACCUGACCGAUUCGCAGAAGACGCUGAUCCUGCAGACCAUGCUGUUCUUUAUCUGGCUCGCGGGUGGGGCGGGGGUCUUUUUCCGCGUCGAGACGGAUCUGGGCGGCGCAGGGUCGAGCGAGGAUAUCAUCUGGAGUUAUGUGAACGCGCUGUACUUCUGCGACGUCACGAUCCUGACGGUCGGUUUCGGAGAUGUGUAUCCUAGUACCGAUUUGGGCAGAGGUCUUGUCUUUCCGUACUCGGUCGGCGGCAUCAUCAUGUUGGGGUUGAUCGUGUCGAGUAUUUCAAGGUUCGCCAGGGAGUUGGGAUCCCAGAACGUGGUGCGCCGACAUAUCGAGAACAACCGGAUCAAGACCAUCGAGCGGACAUUAACGACAGAACGGGAGUUGAGUCGAGAGAACACUUUCUCCAACGACAAAGACAAAUCAGGCGCGCUCAAGCGAGAUGCAUCCGAUGAGACCCUCGGCGGCCGCCCAGCUAUAUCAGCUCCAUUCGCGCCAAAAAGUCGAUCUACAACCAUAAGCUUCGCGGGCGUGAAAGUCCCAGAUGACCCUCUACCGCCUGCGAACGCCAUACAGACUCUCCAGAGAGUCGCGACCAUGGCCAUGCGGCCAAGGAAGCCUCGACUACUACUGCUACGCGAGGAGAAAGACCGAUUCGAUGCGAUGCGGCGCAUCCAGGCCAGCACGGCCCACUUCAAGACGUGGUUCGCCUUGUGCAUGUCUGUCAUGUCCUUCGGCGUGCUCUGGUGCGUCGGCGCGGCGGUGUUCUGGCAGGCGGAAAAGGAAACCCAAGGCAUGACGUACUUCCAGGCCCUGUACUUCUGCUACGUCUCCCUGCUGACCAUCGGAUACGGCGAUCUCGCGCCCAAGAGCAACGCCGGCCGUCCCUUCUUCGUCUUCUGGAGCUUGAUCGCCAUCCCCGUCAUGUCGAUCCUCGUCGGCGACCUCGGCGACACGGUCAUCAACCGCUUCAAACGAGGCACAUACCGCCUCGCCGACUUCACAUUUCUACCGCAGAAGGGCACCUGGCGGCAGUUCCUCACCGGCCACCCCGCCGCCCUCCGAUGGCUCGCCCGGCAGAAGCAGAAACGCGAAGCCCACAAGCGCAUGGAACAGGGCUUCCCCGUCGGGCCCGAAGACGAGCCCGAACCUCAACGCCCCGCGCCCCUGACAAUCGACCAGCUGGCCAAAGACGCCGAUCCCACCGACACGGAGCUCUUCAGACAACUGGUGCUCAAGAUGCGCGAGGUCGAAAGCGAUCUCCGCGCGCACUCGAAGAAACGCUACACCUACGAGGAAUGGGUGGAACUCACGCGGUUGAUCCGCUUCACGGCGACGAAGCCCGAAGGUCGACGCCAGGAAGAGGAUGGGGAGGAGGAGGGCCUUGUCGAGUGGGAUUGGAUCGGCGAGGAUAGCCCUAUGAUGACGAGGAACAGUGAGGCGGAAUUUGUCCUUGAUCGGCUUUGGGAGAGUUUGCAGAGAUAUGUCAAACGGAGCACGGUGAAAUUGGAUGAAUUAGACGAUAGAAAUUCGGAAGAGGAUGUGGUCAGCAGGAGGAGGAGGAGGACUGGCGAGGAUGAUGGUGAUUGAUGAGGUCUAAUGUUCUUUUUGAUUCUCGAAAUUUGCUUUUUUAAUGCACUUUUUUAGAAAUUUGAACACAUUUUGAAUACUUGAUCCAAAUAAAAUGCACGUGCGUCUUGACUCGAUUCUGUACAAUCAAGAGUGAAGUGUCUCCGGCA